ACUCACUGACACUCACUCUACGGAUGUUUAAAACACAUACAUCUCUCUACAUAAAUAAAUAAAUAAAUAAAUAAAUAAAAAAAACUCCAAUCUAGGCAGACGACAUUCAUGUGUUAUAUGUGAACAUACAGUGGAUCUUGUGUUUUUUUCGAGACAGCCAGAAUGGCUAAAAUGAACAGCUGUAUGUUUAAAGUCGGAUAUUUUCUCUAUACCAAGACACGUAUUGGAUAUUUUUACCAUCGCCGAGAAAUCACAAGAUACGCACAAGAACAUCCAGAUGGCCAUUCCAAAUGUCAUGCAACAGAAUUCAUGGGUCUUAUGAUAAUACCUGUACCAAUGCUCAAAGACAACUAUGCAUACAUCAUAAUUGAAACUCAAAACCGCACAACUGUUGUCGUCGACCCUGGGGAUGCACAUGCAGUACAGGCAGCUCUAAAGAAAGCUGAUGUAGUUCCCUCUGCUGUAUUAACAACACAUAAACACUGGGACCACAGUGGUGGAAAUGCUCACAUGAAAAGAAUGUAUCCUGAAAUUAAAGUCUUUGGUGGAGCUUUUGACAGAGUACCAAGUGCCACAAAGUGUCGAAUGUUUGAAUGUUCUGCUGAGGUUAUGUUGAAAUCUUUAGAGACCUUACAUCACUUACCGGAUGAUACAUUAGUGUGGCCAGGUCAUGAGUAUGCCGUUCAGAACUUAAAGUUUGCUAUCCACUUAAACCCUGAUAAUGAGAUAACAAGGCAAAAGCUUAAUUGGGCUUCCAAGCAACGGAAAAAGAUGCUACCCACGGUAAGUUCUACUUAAUUAAGUAUUUUGUUU